UAAUGAAACAAUAGGUACGUGUGUAGUUACGUUCAGCAAUGCAUUUCUUUGUUUCUGUUUUACGCGUGGAAAACAGUUAAAAAUUAAUAAGAAAGAAAAACGUACACACUUAAGAUCACAUAGGAUACAGCUACAAUAAAGAAAAUAAAAUUAAGAUUUCUUGUUGGUGUUAAUUUUGACCAAUCAUUUAACAUUAGGUUUUCAUAUUAUUACUUAAUAAACUGAAUCACAAAAGGCCCUAGUAUUUCCUUCUCUGUGAACUCUGGAGAUGCUGAGGGUCCAGCAGUCAGUAGACGGCGUCUCCAUUUUUUUUUUUUUUUUUUUUUUUUUAAUGCGAGGCGUCUGAGGAGAGCAGAUCUGACAGGGGCUGGCUGAUGACAGCAUCCUCGAGCGCUCAGAGGCUCCACACCUGACCGACUCCAUCAGGCGUACAGAUGAUGGAGCUUUUCGCGCUGCCGGGUUAUCCUGUUGCCACCAUUUCGCACGUCCAUUGCCCGACACAUGUUUUCCCGGCGCCCUGCGUAAUCGCCCUACUUGAACCGGUUUAGCCUUUUUCUUAAAAGUUGAUGACUAAGUGGAUGGAUUGUGAGAUAUUUAUUUUUAUUUUCUGCGGUCAUUGAGUAAUCGGCUCGACGUGCUUUUUUUCCUGACAAAGCGAACAGGAGUGGACUGAUGCUGCGUCGCUGGUAAACACCAGAAAUGGGUGUCAUCGAACCAAGGUCGGCAUUACCGGCUCCAAUUGGAACAGAUAUUCGUCUUUCUUAUGAUUAAACAUCAGCACGAUCCAGGGCUUAUCUAGCUACAAGUUGCUACACUGAGCAGGUUUCAGGAGAGCAAACAAAUGGUUAAAUCAAUAGUCACUGGAUGCAGUCUACCAUAAGGAGGAUAUCAAUAACACUUUAAUACACUUCACACAUACACAAACACACACAUCGGCCAUGGCGCUGGAAAACUCUGUCUUCCCCUCCCGUCCUGACUCCCUUGCACUCCCUGUGGAGGAGAAGGGGGAAGGGGAAGAAGUGGAGGUGGCCACAGAGACCACUGCCUCCACCGGAGUCUUCAACCUAUCGGAGGAGCUGGGCCAUGUCGUCACCACAGAGACGGUACCUUCCCCUCCCACCUCGGCGAAGGUUAACAGGUCGUUUCAGGCAAAGCUGGCCGAGCGGGAGGCCAAAGCCAAUCAGCCCAGAAAGAAGACCCAGGGGACGGAGAAGGAGAGGGGGCGGUUCGGGUGGGCCCGAGCUCGGCGUAAGAGACAGCGUUAUGUGGAGAAGAAUGGUCGUUGCAAUGUUCAGCACGGUAACAUGAGGGAGACUUAUCGCUACUUGACUGACAUCUUCACCACGCUGGUGGAUCUGAACUGGCGCUGCUCGCUCUUCGUCUUUGUCAUGGCCUACGCUGUCACAUGGCUCUUCUUUGGGGCCAUCUGGUACCUCAUAGCCUACUGCAGGGGUGAUCUGGACCAUCUGGAGGAUCAGACAUGGACGCCGUGCGUAAACAACGUCAACGGUUUCAUUUCAGCCUUCCUCUUCUCCAUCGAGACAGAGACCACGAUCGGCUACGGCCACCGUGUCAUUACUGACCAGUGUCCUGUGGGUACCAUGCUGCUGCUGCUGCAAGCUAUACUGGGAUCAAUGGUCAAUGCCUUCAUGGUCGGCUGCAUGUUUGUGAAGAUCUCACAGCCCAACAAACGAGCAGAGACACUGGUGUUCUCCAAACAUGCCGUCAUCUCUCUGAGAGAUGACAAGCUCUGCCUCAUGUUCAGGGUGGGCGACCUUCGGAGUUCUCACAUUGUCGGGGCAAACAUGAGGGCCAAGCUCAUCAAGUCCAAGCAGACUCAGGAGGGUGAGUUCAUCCCUCUGGACCAGACAGACAUCAGUGUGGGCUUUGAGACAGGAGAUGACCGCCUCUUCCUGGUCUCUCCAUUGGUGAUCUCCCAUGAGAUUGAUGUACACUCACCCUUCUGGGACAUGUCACAGACCCAGCUGGAGAAGGAAGACUUUGAGAUUGUUGUCAUUCUGGAAGGAAUGGUGGAGGCAACCGGGAUGACAUGUCAGGCAAGGAGCUCCUACCUGGCAGAGGAGGUGUUGUGGGGUCACAGAUUCAGCCCGAUGAUGUCGCUGGCAGAGGGCUUCUUUGACGUUGACUAUGGAGCCUUUCAUCAUACGUUUGAGGUGGACACACCCUCCUGCUCAGCACGAGAGCUCUCAUUGGCUGCAGCCAGGCUUGAUGCUCACCUCUACUGGUCCAUCUCGAGCAGACUAGAUGAAGAGCCCACCCUGGUCAACCAACCGACCAAGCAGCCAGACAGCAGUUCGGCCAACAGCAAAGGAGGGGAGCCAACCUUCACUGUUGGGGAAAUGACUGACAUCCAGGAGCAAUCAGGACUGGGCGAGCUGAACGGCAGCGUUGCCACAGAUCAAUCAGAAUCAGAGUCCUAGAACAGAGAAUGUUUACAAAGACCUUCAGUAUAUCACCACCACAUCACAGCUAAAUGUUAAAGACCUUUUCUUUAAAGGCAAAGAAGUAGUUACGUUAGGCUCAGUUUGACCGUAAAUGCCAUAUCCUAUUUUGACUUAUGAAAAGGUUUGUUUCUGAAUAUUUUGUCUCUAUGUGUAUGUUUUUUUUUCUUUGUUACAAGUGUACUGUAUGUGUGCUAUUUUUUAAAUUUUAUUUAUUUUUAUUUUUUUGGAUUUGUUGUGUUAGCUCAAUCACCCUUGCCUAUAUCUACUUUAAAAUGACAAUACUAUGCUUUAGAUGGGCUUACAUUAUGAGGAAGAAUGUUAAAUACAAGAUGGUAAUUUAUCUUUUUUGGGGGGGGGGGAGGGGGGCAGAAAGAUGACUAUAUGGCGAGGAGGUAAGUGUAUGGAUUGUUCACAUGUAAAAUAGAUACAGUGCAUAUACAGUAGAUGCUUUAAUUUCACCUGCACACUACUAGAUGAUAAUGAGUUACAAUGUAAUCUCAAACGUUAGCUGUAAAGAUUGUUAAGUUUUAUUUGAAAUAAGUGAGGGUGAGAAAGUUACACCAGCUCGUAGGCAAUCACAUAUUUUUCUGCUCCUCAUCUGGCUAUAAACUAUCACUUGGUGCUAGGAAGAUUGGGUGGGUAAAAAUAGUAAAAGUAGGCAUGGGCAUUGCUGCUGGUUUUCAGGAGGCAUGGAGUAUUAUAUUUGUUGACAACACUGAGAAAUGUUCUGACUUGUCUUACUGCACGUAACACAUUAUGGUGACUAGAGUAUCGGAAACCUUUAACCUAGAGACAGGUUAAAUGUUUUUGUGGCUUCAUAUCACAUAUGGCGGCUGUAGCACAAGGGUAAUCUAUCGUUUGUCCUCAGCCUUGUUCUAACCUAAAAAGCACAACAGUGUCCUGCUCAGUUCAGCCCAAACUCCUGCUUCUGCUGCUGUGUAUAUAUGUGUCCAUUUUUAUGUGAUGUUUUUAAUAUUCAAAAUUACACACUAAUUACAAUGAAUAAACUACGUAUAUUCCAAA